AACAAAUCGCGCGCUUACGCGGUGCAACAAGAAGUCGCGCGGAGUUGGAAAGUGUACAUACAGCGGUGGCGGGAGACAGAAGGAGAGGAGAGAAAUCUGCGUUUUAAUGCUUUAAAUAGCGUCGAAAUAAAGGGAAAUAAGUGGAAACGGGUUUGGAGUUUUUUGUAUUUUCGGGAGAAAACCGCAAAAUGGACGAAUUCGGAGUUUAUGCAGUUUUCGGGGUGAACGGUCCGCCUCAAAGACUGCUACGCGCUGAAGGGUCGUGCAGGGUCUGUGUUGCAGUUCCUCCAUCUGUCCGCCUGGUGGUGCUGUUCAGCAGCGGCCAGUGGGGCGACAGAGUCUGCGUGAACGCGGAGCUGAACGACGCUGACCGGACCCCCAUCACCAUCGGAAAACUGACUCCUUACAACAAGUGUUUGUCGUGGGAGCAGUGGGAGGAGGAGACGUGGACAGACGGCGUCACACUGAAUGUCGCCGUGGAGGGAGGAGACCUGAUGAAAGCAGAUUAUAACGAACCAGAGCUCCUGGCUGUGAUGGAGUACACACCAAAGGACACCGUGGCUCCAGUCGCAGCCCGAGACCUCAAAGGCAAGAGGAAGAGGGACAGAGCGUCAGAAGAGGAAAAAGAAAACGACAAUAAGGUGCCAAAGACAGAAGAAGAAAACACGUCUUCAGAUGGCAGUGAGGAGAAAGCCACACCUGUACGAAAGGUCAGAGGUCAAACCAAAUGUGGCCAGAAGCUGUUCAGUAGCGGAGCAGGAGAGACGCAAGGGAUUGUGGGAAAAACGCCUCCUCAGAGCGCAGCCAGGACGAAGAGUAGGCAGGCCAAGACUCCCACACAGACCGCUCCUCUGCUCGGCCCGUCGGGUCGCUGGGGUCAGACUUUGUGUCCCAUCGAUGCUCAGACAGCAAUCCUGAUUGGAGGUCAGGGAGCCAGGAUGCAGUUCUGCAAAGAUCCCAUGUGGAAGCUGUGCACAGAGGACCUGUCCUGGGUGGCUGCAGAGACUCUGGCUGAGGGUCCGACCCCUGAGGCCAGGAUUGGUCAUACGGCCAUCUACGACCCCGACUCUAAGCGGAUCUUUGUGUUCGGAGGCUCCAAGAACAAGAAGUGGUUCAACGACGUCCACAUCCUGGACACGCAGAGCUGGAAGUGGACCAUGGUGGAGGCUCGAGGAAACGUUCCUCCUCUGGCCUACCACAGCUGCAGCAUGUUUCAGGGGGAGCUGUUCGUGCUGGGAGGAGUGUUUCCUCGGCCCAACCCGGAGCCCGACGGCUGCAGUGACUCUCUGUACAUCUUCGACCCUCAGCUCUCCAUCUGGUACCAGCCCAUCGUCACAGGAGACCAACCUUCCCCUCGCUCAGGCCACUCUGCAUGUGUGAUGCAGGAGAGGAAGAUCUACGUGUUUGGUGGGUGGGACACUCCGGUCUGCUACAAUGAUAUGUACAUGCUGGACCUCGGUCUGAUGGAGUUUUCUGGUGUCAAAACAACUGGGACAGCCCCUUCUCCUCGAAGCUGGCAUGGCAGCGCUGUUCUCUCCGACACAAAGUUCCUAAUCCACGGCGGUUACAACGGAAACAACGCCCUCAGUGACGCCUUCAUCUUCGAUAUUGACACCAACAGCUGGACGGAGGUGACGCUGCCUCAGCUCUCUGUGCCCAGGGCGGGGCACUCCAUCGUCACCAUGGAGACCACCGGUUUCCCAGAAGACACGGAUGCGAACGCCGGCUCCGUCGGCAAAACCCUGCUGGUGUUCGGAGGCGGAGACAACGAGGGCAACUUCUACUCCGACCUGACGAGCGUCGCUGUGGAGGAGCUGCUCGCUGCUAUUUAGAGAGGGUGAGUCAGAGGUGAGUCCUCGCUCCCGGACUGGAUGUGAAGCUACUUCAACUCCCCCACACCGACUUUAUUAUUUAUACACCUAGAGUUCGUCUUUUUUUGUUGGUGACUUUCUUUUUCAGUUAUCUCAAAAGGCUUAUUUCUGAAAAUCUUCAGCCUGUAAUCAUGAUCUCUAAGAAAACUACUGCUUUUUUUAAUUAAAUGAAAAAAUGUGAUAUUCUCAUUCAUGAAAAAAGUAUGUUACUUUAUUUUUAUGUACAUAUGUUUGAAAGUUCUAUUUUUUCUCAGGUAAAUUUUUUAUCUUCUUUCGCUGUUGGAUAACUAUGUUGAUUCCAGAUUUCUGCAAGUGCAUCACCAGGAUUUUAUCGUGUUUACCCACAUUUUUGUAUUUGUCACAUCUCAAUUUGUGUUCCUGUCGCACUUUGCGCUCGGGUUCUGUUCUCUUUUUUUAAUAAACAUUUGUCUUCUCAUCUGA